AUGCUGCACGACAAAACUAGGAGUCUACUAAAAUUACGCAAUUGGUUGCUGGCCAGUCUGGCCCUGGUGGGCAGUUUUUCACUUAUGACAAUUGGUUUGACGGCCAUAAGGAUCGUUCUAGAAUGGUGUGGGAACUCCCGGAGCUCUUUCUUGGCGUUGCAAUCUCAUUCGUCUCUCAAGUCAAGUUCGAUGUGUGAGAGGAAGUUUGGUUCUUGUGGGACAGUGCCCGAUUUCUUUAGGCCAUUCGUAAACUUAUCCGAAGCUCCGUUGGUUUGGGAUGAUCCUUCGAGGUCUACCAAGCUACCGCCUAAAUAUUUUACUGAAUUAGUCAGAGAUGCAUUCGCAGAAAGUAACAAUAGUGACUGGCAGACAUUCUAUAGCGGGUUGAUAACCCGGCAAAUGCUAGCUCUGGAAAAUUCUCAGGUGAGCGAGCAGCUAUGCUACAUGAAUUUUGUCAGUACAUCAUAUAGAACGGGUAAAACGGGUGAACAGCCUUUGUACGCUAGAAUUACAUUUGAAGAAACAUGUUUUCUGAACGAUCGUGAUUGGGUGCAUUUUGAGUUUAUACCUAUUGACGGGGCACCGACUGUGAACGAAGAUGCAUAUGUUACCUACCCUUCGAAAGGAGUCGUGGUGGUAGAAAUUCCAUGUCUCAGUAAUGGUGGGAUCUCUAAAAGCAUGGGUGACGCUUGCCAACGCAUGUCGAAUAAAUUGCCUUUUGGUUUGGGGUUUUGGAGCCACAAUCAAACCGUGUGGAACUCAUACUGUAAUACUGAAGCACCCUCGCUGCCCAUUAAAGAUAAAAACAUUGUGCUUCACUUGGUAGGAGACAGUACUAUGGAAGAGCUUUUAAGUGCGUUUAUCGUAAAUGCCACUCUGAAGGGACACACUCGUUGUGGCGGUAACGUAGAGUCUUCUGGAAGACCUUGUCACAGUUAUUACACGAGCACUACGCGAGGAGUCGCGUUCACGUUCACCUUGAUAACAGAGCCAUUUGGCUGGAAAGCGAAGAAUAUCGAGCCGCAGCUCGGAACAACUGCGGCACCCUGGAACUCCGCGAGUCUUAGCGAAACCUGUACAUUUAUUACAAAAAUACGAGAACAGUAUUCGGUUGAAACAAGGCACGUUGUAUUAUUUAAUUUUGGGCUACACGGUGUGUCAAACCACGGUUUAUUUCGUUUGGCAUAUGAGCAAGCUCUCGUCUCUAUUCAGAAGAAUUUGGGGUAUUUUGCGGAUAUAGUUGCUGUCGGAGUCUCACCCUCGAAUCCAACUCGUAAGUCCUACCAUGGAAUGGAUUGCCGAUCUGAAGUAAACGUAGCUAGGGCCCGGGAAAUCAUAGAAUGUGUAGCAAGCACACAUGGUAUUCUGGUCUUGGAUAGGACGAUGAUGCAAUUCGGUCUGUGGUCAUUGUACAAAGACUAUGUGCAUUUGGGCAUCACUUCACGUGCACAAGAGUUACGUCACUUCAUUGUAGACGAAUAUGUCCGAGCUGCUGUUUAUGUUGCGCAUGCCUCGUCGCGCACGCAAUUAACUUAA